UACUGCUUUCCCCAUUUUGAGUUUCUGCUUCAACUGAAAGAACCCCUCUCACAAAUCUGCAACCAUCCAAAUCCUUUGAUCUACUGCAUUAAAAUAAUGUCUUCAAAUGCUGAACACUUAGAAAACGGAGCUCCCGAACCCGAGCCUAAACCAGCUAGCGAUCCAGAUCUUGAUUCAAACGAUACCGGAAUCCAUCAUACUGACGUACAAUCACCUGAUGCAGAAGAGAAUUCCAAAAUCGAUGACGUAAUUGAAUCGAACAAAUUAAAAUCAGUCCAUGCGGAGCCAUCAAAUUCUGGACCUGAAGAAAUUUCAAUCCUGCCAAGUGUAACAAGUGAAUCUGAGGAAAAGGAGGUAAAAACGAAUGAUGCGAGGAGUGAACCGAAUCUGAAACAAGAGGAAGAGAAUCGGACUUUCACCAUGAGAGAAUUGUUGAAUGAAUUGAAGAACGGUGAUGCCACUGAGGAGGUCGAUACUCCUCAGAGUCAAUCAAGUACACAACAGCAAAACCAGAAUGAUGCUGCCGUGGAGUUAAUUGAUAGUGUCACAGGGGUUGAUGAGGAGGGUAGGUCUCGCCUACGGAUUCUUACAUUUGCUGCAAGGAGAUAUGCCAGUGCAAUAGAGAGAAAUCCAGAUGAUUAUGAUGCGCUGUACAAUUGGGCACUGGUUCUUCAGGAAAGUGCAGAUAAUGUAAAUCCUGAAUCAGGUUCUCCUUCUAAGGAUGCUUUGCUUGAAGAGGCGUGUAAAAAAUAUGAAGAGGCCACUCGUCUUUGUCCUACACUUAAUGAUGCCUAUUAUAAUUGGGCUAUAGCAAUCUCUGAUCGGGCGAAAAUGCGGGGUCGUACCAAGGAAGCUGAGGAACUUUGGAAACAGGCUACAAAGAAUUAUGAGAAGGCAGUUCAACUCAAUUGGAAUAGUCCUCAGGCACUUAACAACUGGGGGCUUGCUCUGCAGGAACUCAGUGCAAUUGUCCCUGCUCGAGAAAAACAGACCAUUGUAAAAACUGCAAUCAAUAAGUUCCGUGCUGCAAUACAGUUGCAAUUCGAUUUUCACAGGGCAAUAUACAACCUUGGCACAGUUCUGUAUGGAUUAGCAGAGGACAUGGCGAGAACCGGAGGAUCCAUGAAUGCAAAGGAGGUCUCCCCUGAUGAGUUAUACAGCCAGUCUGCUAUCUACAUUGCAGCUGCACAUGCACUGAAACCAAAUUACUCAGUUUACACUAGUGCAUUGAAGCUCGUGCGAUCAAUGUCCAUAUAUGCCGACUUUCAUGGUUUGUGCCAAUUAAAAUAUGUGAAACUUGGAGCUUUUUAUCAAAGAUUAUCAGUAAUAUUCGGUUAUAUAUGGUGGUGA